CCUCACUGCUCCUGGCUAGCACAAGCACACGGUGCCCUUCUUACUUCAUGCAGGAUGCCGCUGAACUCACAGAUGAGUAUCAGCACUGUUGCAGAAUAGUUUGUUUUCUACAAACAUCCUUUCAAAGCUGAUGAACUAUCUCUUACAUGUGCAGCAGUGGCUGUUCUUUACAAGAUGGACAGCCGGCUGUUAGCUACCGAGCUAAUGCAGCGUCAGUCACAUUGAUAGGCUGCUGGUUCGGGAGGCUUAGCUAACGUGAUCGAGCUGUGGGUGAGCUACAACGUGGACACGGACAGAUAACAUGGCAGAGUCGUCGCCGUUGUCAGGGGUUAAUGUUGUUCUGGUUAUGGCCUAUGGGAGCUUGGUGUUCGUGCUGCUGUUUAUCUUUGUCAAAAGGCAAAUCAUGCGUUUCGCAAUGAGAUCCCGCAGAGGACCCCAUGCACCUAUCGGCCACAACGCACCAAAGGGUUUGAGGGAGGAGAUUGACUCCAGACUGUCCAAGGUCCACGAGAUCCGCUUCGAACCUCGUCUCCUAUCAGAAGAAGACGACAGGUUGAAGCAAGAAUCACAAAUCAGUUGCUACAACUACCUGUACAGAAUGAAAGCUCUGGAUGCGAUCCGUGACUCAGGAAUUCCUCUGCAGGAGAUAAGCCGAUGUCCCAGUGCGUUCACUGGACGCAGCUUCAGGAGCUGGCUGAUGGAGCUGCGCAACUCCCACUCUCUGAUUAAGAGCAGCCGCAGUGCGCUCAUCGACCGUUUACUUGAGGGCUACGACAGCGCUCGCCAUGGGACUGGGGUGUUUGGGGAAUCUGAGUUUCUUGAAUACCAGCAAGCUCUCAACGAACUGGCUGAUGUGGUUAAAGCCUAUUCCAGCAGCACCAGCCUGGACCAGCAUCACCAGUCUGCAGCGAAGGACCUGACGGGCUCUCCAGUCCGGAGCAGUCCCUCCACCAUCCAGGUCACCUACCUGCCCUCCACCGGUCAGCGCAGCAAGAGGCCCAAACACUUUCUGGAGCUCAAGAGUUUCAAAGACAACUACAACACCUUGGAGAGCACCCUGUGAGAGAUCACUGCUACGGACCGACUGUCACAAAAUGCUUGUGUGGACAACGAUUACACAGUUGUUACGUACUGGAAGUUUGUUUUCAUUUUGAGCUUUAAAAUUCACUUCUCCUUACAGUAAGGUACACUAUUUUUCAUGUAGUUUCAAAGAAUCAUGUAGAGAAAAAAUUGUCUAAUUUUAUAACAAUUGUUAAAAUCUUGCGGUCACAAGGUUAUUUUUUUUCCCUCAUUUCACCCAAAGCCUUUCUUUCAUAUUUUGGAAUGAAUGCACUUGUUCAGAGGACAAAUAUGAUUGUAGCCAACAUGGCAAGGUUUGCAUUGUCAUUUUUGUAAAAAACAGCAAAGUGAAUGGCAAGUCACCUAGAUUUGUUUUUCCAAGUCGAAAUGUAAAUAUGAGUGUUUUGAUUUACUGUGUUUGUACAGAUGUAAGAUAUUUAUACAGACCUUCAUAACUUAUUUAAUUGAUAUUGUGUGAUUUGUAUU